UACUCGCUACCGAUCUUGUUCUCUCGCCCCCUCCCGGCGCGUGAUUCCCGGACGCGACUCGACUCGACAUCCCAAUUCCCAAUACACCACCACGACCCCCCUCCGUCCUCAUCUGUCCCGCGGCCUCGACCACGCCGGGAGGAGCCGCAGCCAGUCCGGGAGACGCUCGUACGCCUGCCUCGACCGAUCCAGCGCCGCCACGGCGACCGUGGCCAAGGAGAUCCGCCCCCUCGUCGGUCCGCCGCCAACGAUCUCCGAUCGAGACAAACCCUAGCCACGCCCAUUGCCUUCUCCCGUCGCCAUGUCCGCCGCGCAUCUCCUCCGCCACUCUCGCAAGUUGCGGAGUUUACACAAUGCUCUAGACUGUGAGCGUUCUGGCCUCGUGCGCUACUUCUCCACUGCUUCUGGUUCGUUCCCCACCAAGGGAAAUGUGCUUUUGGUUUCCACAGGUGCUGAGAAAAGAAUUGGAGGUGCCAGAUUUCCUCAGCGCAAGCAACCUGGAAAAGAGCUUGAGACCUCCAAGUUGUCACUAGGACUUAAUGGAAGCUACACUUGCAGGAGAUCACCUAACAACUUUAUCCCAAAUACUAUUACUGGUCUCAAUGGUUCAUUGUCAUGUGGACAGAUAGCUUCAGCAAGAUCUUUCUCAAGCAGUGCAGACCUGCCACCACAUCAGGAAAUAGGGAUGCCAUCACUCUCUCCUACAAUGACCGAGGGGAACAUUGCAAGGUGGCUGAAGAAGGAAGGAGAUAAGGUCUCACCUGGUGAAGUUCUUUGUGAGGUGGAGACUGAUAAAGCCACCGUAGAAAUGGAGUGCAUGGAAGAGGGCUAUCUUGCUAAGAUCAUUCAUGGAGAUGGUUCCAAAGAGAUCAAAGUUGGUGAGAUUAUUGCUGUAACCGUGGAAGAAGAGGGUGACAUCAAGAAGUUUAAGGAUUAUAAACCUUCAACUUUGGCUGCACCUGUAGCCCCUUCUGAACUGAAGGCUCAGUCUGAGCCUACAGAACCAAAGGUGGAGGAAAGAGAGCCUUCCAAAGCAUCUGAGCUAAAGGCCCCAAGGACUGAAGAACCUUCGCGGUCAGGAGAUCGAAUAUUCUCCAGCCCUCUUGCUAGAAAAUUGGCGGAAGAUAACAAUGUUCCACUGUCGAGUGUAAAGGGAACUGGUCCUGAUGGGCGCAUUUUGAAGGCAGACAUUGAAGAUUACUUGGCUAAGGGUUGCAGAAAGGAAGCUCUUGCGGCUCCAGGGCUAAGUUACACCGAUGUUCCCAAUGCACAAAUAAGAAAGGUUACUGCGAACCGCCUGCUAAGCUCUAAGCAAACAAUUCCACAUUAUUACCUGACAGUUGACACACGUGUUGAUAAUCUCAUCAAGUUGCGAGGGGAACUGAAUCCAUUGCAGGAGUCCUCCGGUGGUAAGAAGAUAUCUAUUAAUGAUCUAGUUAUAAAGGCUGCAGCUCUGGCUCUUCGAAAGGUCCCUCAGUGUAAUAGCUCCUGGAUGAAUGAUUUUAUCCGCCAAUACCACAACGUGAACAUCAAUGUUGCUGUACAGACUGAGCAUGGACUGUUUGUUCCAGUAAUCAGGGAUGCAGACAAGAAAGGACUUGGUAUGAUUGCGGAGGAGGUGAAGCAGUUGGCUCAAAGAGCAAGGGAUAACAGUUUGAAACCAGAUGAUUAUGAGGGAGGCACAUUCACCAUAUCAAACUUGGGAGGUCCUUUUGGAAUUAAGCAAUUUUGUGCCAUCAUAAAUCCUCCUCAGUCGGCAAUCUUGGCCAUUGGUUCUGCUGAGAGGAGGGUGAUACCUGGCAGCGCCAAUGGUCAAUACGAGUUUGGUUCCUUCAUGUCGGCAACAAUGAGCUGUGAUCACAGGGUUAUUGAUGGUGCAAUCGGGGCAGAAUUUCUGAAAGCAUUCAAGGGCUAUAUCGAGAAUCCAACCUCAAUGUUACUGUGAAGCUAAAGAUCAUCAAAACUAUUCUUCCCUUGUUCUCGAAUGAUGCACAGAACGGUGCUGUCUCAUUUUGUAUAUUUCCAUCAUGAUUUCGAGGAGGACCUGAAAACCAAGAGCACAGAGCCAAGGGCAGGAUGACCUGGUUUUUGGAUUAAUUUUUCUUUUUCCUGUUUGUUUCGUUCCAGUUACACUGGGAAUUAGGAUCAAUUUACAAGCCUUCUUUUAGCCCGUUUUUAUGGGUUUACUCCGCAAGUUCGUUGACAGCAGAGUAAAUUCCCGGGAAACCAUGCAGGAUAGCCUUUAUACGAUUUGCCCCCUUUUUACUUUUUUUUUCAUCUUUGUGCAAAACCAAGAGGCGCAGAGGUAAUAAGUUGCAAAUCUUGGGGAGUUUGGUUUAUACCCUUUCUCCGCAAAAUUCUAACGAGAAAUUCACAAUUGUUCAGAGUAAAUGAUGCAUUGCUUAAUCCAUUUUGAUGCUUGGUGUGUGCUUGUUU